UGCCGCUUCUGCGCGACGGCGCGGAUGGGGCUCGUCCGCCAGCUCACGGCGGACGAGAUCCUCGCGCAAUUCGCCAUCGCGGCGCGCGUCGCGCGGGAGUCCGACGCCAUGCCGCCGCUGACGAACAUCGUCUUCAUGGGCAUGGGCGACGCGGGCCGCAACGUCGACCACGUCAAGGCCGCGGCGACGUCGCUCGUCGACGGCGACAAGUUCCGCAUGGCGCGGUCGAAGAUCACGAUCUCGACGGUGGGCCCGUCGCCCGAGGCCUUCGCGGCGCUCGCGGACGCCGACGGCAUGCUCGCGUGGUCCAUCCACGCCGCCGACGAGGACCUCCGGAGGAAGCUCGUGCCGUCGAGCCGCCACCCGCUCCCGGAGCUCCGGCGGGGGCUCAUCGACGCGCUCGAGGCGCGGCCCGCGCGGCGGCGCACGCUCAUGCUCGCGGCGACGCUCAUCCGCGACGUCAACGACUCCGACGACGACGCCGCGAAGCUCGCCGAAUUCAUCGGGCCCAUCGUCGACGCGGCCGGCAAGUGCAACGUGGACCUCAUCCCCUGCAACCCGACGGACCACACGGACUUCGAGUCGCCCUCGACGGAACGCGUCCUCGCCUACGCGGCGAAGAUCCGCGAGCUCGAGCCCCGCGUCCACGUCGCGACGCGCCUCCAGCGCGGCGACGACGAGAGCGCCGCGUGCGGCCAGCUC